GGGAGGAAGGAGGGCGGGGAAGCUGUGGGAGAAUGAAAAGGAGCUGAUGGUGUGUGUCCAGGGUGCCCCGGGGAGCAGGAGGCUGGGACAGGGUGCGGGAGCGAGCUCCCCAAAGCCAGGCCGGCGACCCAGGGCCGCGAUCCCGGUGAUGCCAUAAACACCGCGGUGCAGUGGGGAGGCUUUGGAAAAGCCGGCGUUUGCGGGGUGCUGCCCGGGAAGAGCUUAUUCCAUGUCGGAGCAGCAUCGGCACCCCCGCCCCGCUCCCCUGGCACCCCGCUCCGCGCAGGAGAGCAGAGGCACGGCCCAGCGCCAGCGGUGCAGGCAGAGGAAAAGGUGACCAGGAUGCUGUGGCAUGGGAAGCCCUGGAGGUCCAUGUGCAAGGGGCUGGUCCUGGGGACCCUCCUGACCAGCUUCAUGUUGCUGCUCUACUCCUACGCCGUCCCCCCGCUGCAAGUCAGCGUCACUGAGAUCCCCGUCCCCUUCUCCUGCUCCUCCCACCUGUCCCCCGUCCAGGCUCUGUCCCCAUCCAACGGCACGGGCAGCACCUCGGGGUGGAGCUGCCGGCCCAAGCUCAAUGUCAUGUUCAUGAAGACCCACAAGACCGCCAGCAGCACCAUCCUCAACAUCCUCUUCCGCUUCGGGGAGAAGCAUCGCCUGAAAUUCGCCUUCCCCAAUGGCCGCAACGACUUCUACUACCCGUCCUUCUUCGAGCGCAGCCAGGUGCAGCACUACCGGCCCGGGGUGUGCUUCAACAUCAUCUGCAACCACAUGCGCUUCCACUACGAGGAGGUGCGCAAGCUCCUGCCGCCCGACACCACCUUUGUCACGGUGCUGCGGGACCCCGCGUACCUCUUCGAGUCCUCCUUCCACUACUUUGGUCCCAUCAUCCCCCUCACCUGGAAGAUCACAGGGGAGGAUAAGCUGGACGAGUUCCUCCGGGACCCCCAGCACUACUACGACCCCAAUGGGUUCAAUGCUCACUACCUCCAAAACCUCCUGUUCUUCGACUUUGGCUACGACAGCAGCAUGGACGCCAACAGCCCGCUGGUGGAGGAGCACAUCCAGGAGAUCGACCGCCGCUUCCACCUCGUCAUGUUGCUCGAGUACUUUGAUGAGUCGCUGGUGCUGCUCAAGGACCUGCUGUGUUGGCAGCUGGAGGACGUCCUCUACUUCAAGCUCAACGCCCGCAAGGGCUCCACUGUGUCCCGCUUGACCCCUGAGCUGUACGAGCAGGCGACCGCCUGGAACCUCAUCGACGCCAAGCUCUACCGCUACUUCAAUGCCACCUUUUGGCGCAAGGUGGAGGCCUACGGGAGGGAGAGGAUGGCCAGGGAUGUGGCCGAGCUGCAGAGGGAGAACGAGAAGAUGACCAGCAUCUGCAUUGAUGGGGGACAUGCCGUGGAUGCCAGUGCCAUCCAGGAGUCCUCCAUGCAGCCCUGGCAGCCCCUGGGGGAGAAGACCAUCCUGGGGUACAACUUGAAGAAGAAGAUCAGCAAGAAGCACCAGAAGCUGUGCCGCAAAAUGCUGACGCCCGAAAUCCAGUACCUGACUGACCUGGGGGCCAACCUCUGGAUCACCAAGCUGUGGAGCCACGUGCGGGACUUCCUCAAGUGGUAGGGGCUGGCAGGUGCCCCACUUCCCUGGGGAAGAACCAGGUGCUUUUGUUUUUCUUACUUAUGGUUCUCUUGGUUUGGAACUGGCUGGAGGCUCUGAAGCCUGGGAACUUUUGGGGAGAUCCUCCAUCACCUUCCUGCAGAGCCCCAGUGUGGGCAGGAGAGCGGAGACUCUGCCCCCAUCAGCAAGGUCAAGAACUGGGGGCUCAGGGGUGGUGUUUUCCUGCAGGAUCCACUUCUUCCUUCCCCACGGAAAAGCUGGAGGAAUAAUUUAUGAAGGAGGUGGCCUUGUCACAGCAGGAGCAGGACAUCCAUCACCAGGUUGCUGGGUGUGCUGGGACAGCAGUGGUAGAGGGUCUCCUUUGCCUGGGGUGGGCAGAGAUGCCCACAGGGAACCCAACCCUCCAGGGGCUCCUCAGAUCACCCUGCUGAGCCCUGCUUUGGGGUGUGGGAAUGACAGAACCUGCUGCAGUGCCUCAGCCCGUGGGUGUGAUGAGUGCAGCAGGUUUUCAGCCCACCCACAGCCUUCACUCCAUGCCAGGCUGUGACCUGGAGCCACACGGAGCCAUUUGGAGAUUGGAAAACCCACCCCAAAAGUCCCGGCCUUUAUCAACAGGUCCCUGUGGCAAAGGGCACCCCCUCCAUGCCCCCCAUCAUCCCAGUUAGAGGGCCCCAUGGCCCUGGUCCCCACAGGGGACAUCCCAAAAGGCCAACAGGGUCUGGUGACAACUGGCAUGGGGAGGAGAUGGGAGUGGGUGCAGUGGGACUGUCCCCGUGAUGCCAUCCUGAGCACGGUGGGGAUGCUGAAGGCAGGGGCCAUCCCCAGUCCCCACCCUGCCUCGGGGACAAACCUCGUGCAUCCCAGCUGGGCUGGAUGACACCGGUGACACCACAUCCCACCGAGAGUAGCCCUAGCUGGGCAAAGAGGUGGCACCUGUGGCUGAGCCACCCCCCAGCAAAGGGACCUCCUUGUGCCCCCACCUGUGUUCAGCUCCUUCUGUAAAGACCAGAAAUAAAAAAAAGCA